AUGCGGCUGUGGUUUGUGCUCGCUCAGACGCUCUUCCGCAGCACCUCGGCGGACCUCGUCGCGGCCCGCUCGCGCGACGGCGAGGACGCCGCGGCCGUGCAGGCGAACACCGGCGAGGCGGGCGGCGAGGGGGCCCCGGCAGCGCCCUCCGCGGGCCAAGCCCGCCGCGCCGGUGGCGCCGCCUCACCCGCCGCCGAGAAGAAGGCCGCGGGGUCAAAGAGGGUCCCCGCGGCGCAGCGGGCCGUCAUGGCGGAGCGGGAGAACGUCAGGCAGGUGAUGGAGGCGCGGCGCCGCACGGAGCGGUCGUCCGUCGGGUUUUGGUGGCGCUGGCGCGCGGCGAUGACGCGGCACCGCCUGUUGUCUGCCGCCGCAGACGCGGCGCCGCCGUCGCUGCUGGGGUGGUACGCCCAACUGCCGACCUCUGUCGCCGGCGACGGUGCCCCACGGACGGCGUUCCUGCGUUCCUUGACGGAGGCCUACCCCGUCGUCUGCAGCGAGGGCGCGGCGCUUGCGGGGGCCCUCUUCUUCCCCCAUGCUCCGCCGGCGCGGGGGGCGGAAGGCGGGGCGGAGGAGCCGUCGCUGGCCGUCCUCGACGCGAGGCUGCGGGAGGCGUGGCAGCAGUACGACCUUCGCUGCGUUCAACCCGCCAUCGCGGCGGCGGCGCCAGGCAGCAGCGAAGGCAGCACCGCAGCUUCCUCCGCGGCGAGGGGAACCAGCGGUCCCCCGCAGCCGCUGCCGCCGCCGCCGCCGCCGCGAUGGCGUCAGAAGGGCGUGGUGCAGCCGGCGCCUCUAGUCACCGGCGCAACUCCGUCGCCGCCCACAUCAACGCAGGGGCCGCGCCGGAAGCCCUUGCCCCCGCCGCCGCCGCCGCAGCAGCAGCAGCAGCAGCCGUCAAAGCGAACUCUGUAG